CAAGUGAAGGUGAUAAGAGUGGCAGUGGCGUCCCCCCAGACCGGGUGGAACACAGGUCCCAGCAAAAAGAAGAGGGGCGUCCAUGCGGUUGGCAAGAGGCUAUUUUAGCAAGCAUCACGCCAUGGUUUUGCCAAGUUUCUGAUAGAAAAUUGACAUUCCUGUGCCAGCAUUUCCCUGUUAAAAUGUCCUUGCCUCUUACAGAGGAGCAGAGGAAAAAAAUUGAGGAGAAUCGGCAAAAGGCUCUGGCCCGUAGAGCUGAGAAAUUAGCAGGACAGCAUCAGAACACAGGCUCUGGCUCCUCCAUUGCUGCCACAUCUUCCCAGUCCAAGCAGGGCCCUUUCCAAAACCUCCCCCAGGAUCCUUCUAAGUCAGGGAGCCAUGGUAUCAUUUUCAAGCAACAGAAUCCCCUGAGUUCAACUAAUGGUGACCAGAGACCUCAAAAUUCCCCCAGUUUUCAACUCAGUACCUCCGAACAGGCAAAGGGGACAUGGAAGAAGGAAGAAGAGGUGCCCACAGCCUGCCUGAGCCACCGCCUACCAAGUCAAAUGACUGUCGCUGGGAUCUCCCCUCCCUUGGCACACAGUCCUCCAGAGGUCCCCAGCCAACAGCUCUUGGGUUAUGCAUUAGGUCAAGAUCAUCCUCAGGCUUCACAUGGGACCAAAUCAACACCAUUUGCUAAUACAACUCAUGAGCCUUUGGCCGGAGCAAAGAAUCCCCAAGAGACAGCAGCUUCCUUGUCUGGACAGCCUCCCAGGGAUGCUGUAUUGGAGGCAAUGGCGAGACCCUCUGCCUCAGGGCAGAACGUUGCUGAUGUCCAUUGUGGCACAGAGAGGAUGACGCCCGGGACAGAAGAACUCCACCAGAAAUUGGGGACCCCACAUCAGCCAGCAGCAAGCUCCCAGCAGGGAACAUGCAUCAGGAUAGGAGAUCGUUUCCAGGUGAAGAUUGGGUACAAUGCGGAGCUCAUUGCAGUGUUUAAGAGUCUGCCCAGCAGACGUUAUGAUCCUGCCACUAAGAUGUGGAACUUCAGCAUGACCGACUACAAUGCCCUGAUGGAAGCAGCCCAACGCCUCCCUAGGGUCACCCUACAGUCUUUGGAAGGGGCCGAGGGCCACAUGGAGUCGCCCUCCCCCAGUGGCAGCAGCAGCAUGGCCCAGACCUGCCUUCCUGCAGCUCCAUCCCUCGCCUUUGUCAAAGGGCAGUGUAUGCUUAUCUCCCGGGCGCGCUUUGAGGCAGACAUCGGCUAUUCCGAGGACCUGAUCGCACUGUUUAAACAGAUGGAGUCCAGAAAAUACGAUGUCAAGACCAGGAAGUGGAACUUUCUCCUGGAGGAAUACAAUAAACUAAUGGAAAAGGCACGCCACCUUCCACAAGUUCAGCUGGAUCCUCUGCCCAAGACUGUCACCCUGGCUUUUGCUGCUCAGCUUGAGAAGACGUCUCUCCAUCCCGUGACAGAUGUACCUGAGGCAGACCUUUCCGGAGUGGACUCCAAGCUCGUAUCUAGCCUGCUGCCCUUUCAGAGGGCUGGAGUCAAUUUCGCCAUCGCGAAAAAAGGCCGCCUGCUGCUUGCUGACGACAUGGGCCUGGGGAAGACCAUCCAAGCCAUCUGCAUAGCAGCCUAUUACCGGAAGGAGUGGCCGCUCCUGGUGGUGGUACCAUCGUCUGUGCGCUUUACCUGGGAGCAGGCCUUCCGUCAGUGGCUGCCGUCUCUGAGCCCAGACUGCAUCAAUGUCGUCGUGACCGGGAAGGACAGCCUGACAGCUGGCCUGGUCAACAUUGUCAGUUUUGAUCUUCUGAGCAAGAUAGAAAAACAGCUAAAAACCUCUUUUAAAGUUGUCAUCAUUGAUGAAUCUCACUUCCUCAAAAACAUUAAGACCGCCCGGUGUCGUGCAGCUCUGACCUUCCUCAAGGUUGCCAAGAGGGUGAUCUUACUGUCGGGCACACCAGCCAUGUCCCGGCCCGCAGAGCUCUACACGCAGAUCCUUGCCGUCAAGCCAACUUUCUUCCCUCAGUUCCACGCCUUUGGACUUCGCUAUUGUGGUGCCAAGCGGCUGCCCUGGGGAUGGGAUUAUUCAGGCUCCUCCAACCUCGGAGAGCUGAAGCUCCUGCUGGAGGAGGCGGUCAUGCUGCGACGCCUCAAGUGUGACGUCCUUUCCCAGCUCCCAGCCAAACAGCGCAAGAUGGUGGUGGUUGCCCCGGGCCAGAUGAGUGCCAGGUCCAGAGCCGCCCUGGAUGCCGUGGCCAAGGAGAUGACCACCAAGAACAAAACCAAACUGCAGCAGAAAGAAGCCCUCAUUCUCUUCUUCAACAGAACAGCGGAGGCUAAAAUCCCGUGUGUCAUCGAGUAUAUCCUGGACCUACUGGAAAGUGGAAGAGAGAAGUUUCUGGUGUUUGCCCACCAUAAGGUGGUUCUGGAUGCAGUUACCGAAGCGCUCGAGAGGAAACGCGUGCAGCACAUCCGCAUCGACGGAUCCACCUCCUCAGCUGACCGUGAGGACCGGUGCCAGCGGUUCCAGCUGUCCAAGGGGCACACCGUGGCCGUGCUGUCCAUCACCGCCGCCAACAUGGGCCUCACCCUCUCCUCGGCUGAUCUGGUGGUGUUCGCAGAGCUGUUCUGGAACCCAGGGGUGCUGAUGCAGGCUGAGGACCGGGUGCACCGCAUCGGACAGUCCAACUCCGUGGGCAUCCACUACCUGGUGGCGAGAGGCACAGCUGACGACUACCUUUGGCCCCUGAUUCAAGAGAAGAUUAAAGUUCUGGGUGAAGCUGGGCUUUCUGAGACCAAUUUUUCAGAAAUGACAGAAGCCAGAGAUUACUUCUACAAGGACCCAAAGCAGCAGGAGAUCUAUGACUUUUUCCAAAAGUCCUUUGAGGAAGACGGAAGCGAUAUGGAGCUGCUGGCGGCAGCAGAGUCCUUUGACCCAGGAAGUAGUUCCCAGGACACAGGAGACCCACUGGACGAAAGCACAUUGAUGGGCAGUCCACAGAAGAAGAGAUUUGAAUUUUUUGAUAACUGGGACAGUUUUACCUCUCCUUUGUAAGAGGGGCAAAAAAAUAUUAAAAAUCAUGGAGUUCAUUAAAAUAAAAGAAGACAUUUUGUUCUUAA